AUGAAAUUCUUCCAUAAAGAUAAGAUAGAGAUUGCUAAAUGGAAAUUAAACACCAGAUUGAGGGGGGACAAGGUCAUCCCUACAGUCAUACUAAAAUAUGGAAUUAGAGAGAAGGGCAAAACCGCAUUUGGUAAUGAAGGUUCCAUCCCUGCAAAUGCUACACUACAAAUAAUAUCAUGGAGGGUCUCUACAGAUAUUACAGAUGACAAGAAAGUCCUCCAGAAAAGCGUGGAAGAAGGGGCGGGAUUCCACCUCCCAAAUGAAGGGGUUGUUUUUCAAUUUAAGUUGGUAGAUAAAGAGCAGGAAGUUGAUAGGCUUGAAGAAGUUGUGAUGAUGAUGAAGAAAGGUGAAGUAGCUCUUCUGAGUAUUGUACCAGAAUAUGCUUUUGGUUUUAUCGGUUUCAAGCAAGAAUUAGCAGUAUUGCUGCCUAAUGCCACUGGUACAUAUGAAAUCGAGCUUGUCUCUUUUCUUAGGAACAAAGAAUCCUGGGACAUGAACACCACCAAAGAGAAGAUUAUAACUUUUGGCAAAUAUAAGAAAGAAGUGGAAGAGUAUCGAGAUAUGCUCAAGCUUUUCAUCUAUUAUACCUUAAAGGUUGCUAUAAAGUGCAGAAAGUUGUCAUCUUUUGGCCAGCCAUCAAUGAAAGAAGUUGUGUUGAUUGAAUUCAAUGAAAGAGAGGAAACUAGUUGUGUUGACAGCAAGGUAAAACAAAGGAAGCAAUGGUUGAUUCCAUGGAAACAAUGUCCAAUCAAAGAAGAAAAAGUGCCUUUCAAACAAAAAGUCAAUUUCCUAAAUCCCAGCUUGAGGACAAGCCUCUUCUUCAAGACAGUGCCUAUCUAG